AUGUGGAAGAUAAUUGACACUUGUUGGGAUUUUCAACUUCAUAGGCCACUUCAUGCAGUGACAUACUACUUUAAUCCUAAGUACCAUUAUAAUCCAAACUUCAAUCUAGACAAAGAAGUUAAAAAUGGAUUGCACAAGGUAAUUGAGAAGAUGAAUCCGGAUGUGGAAACAAGAGUUGAAGUUGAUGCUCAAUUUGACAAGUUUACAAGAGGAGUGGGAUUAUUUGGAAUAGAUAUGACCAUAAUAAGAAGAGACAAAAAACAACCGACUUUAUUGUGGGACAACUAUGGAGAAGAGUGCAAAGAGUUGCAAACACUUGCCAUAAAAGUCUUAAGCCUUGCAUGUAGUGCCACGGGUUGUGAAAGAAAUUGGAGCACCUUUGAACAUGUGCAUUCUAAAAUAAGGAAUCGUUUGGAGCAACAAAGAUUGAAGGCUCCUGUCUUUGUUAAAUAUAAACUUCAAUUAGAAAUGAGGCAAAAGCUUAGGGAGGAGAAAGGAGAGGCAUCUGAUCCAAUAUGUUUAUCGGACAUAGAAUCCGAUGAUGAGUGGAUUAUGGAAAAAGAAGAUCUUUGCUUUCCUGAUGAUAAUUCAUGGAUGUAUGUUCAAGAAUGCUUCAACCUAGAUAAAGGACCAAGGAACUUGAAUGCUAGUAGCAAGAAAGCUAAAGAAAAAGUUGAUGAGGAAGAUAUAUGGCCCAUUUUGCGUGAAGAAGAUGGAAAAAGUGGAGAGGAAGACGUGUUACCUACUUUGCAUGUUAAUAAUAACACUCAUGGAGAUAUGGAUAUUGACAUUGACCUUGGAAAUAAUAUGAAUGGUUAA